UCCACCCACAGGGCUUAGUCCACUGCUGAGUUGCUUUUCAAAGAUAGGCCCACCAUCACACACAGACACAUCCUGCAGUCAGACUGGAUAGAUACUCUUUUACUGAUACACAAGCUUAGUGGAAAUGGCUCACCUGCAAAGUGAACUUACCCAGAACCCCCUGGAAAAGAUCUGGGUUCCAUGGAUGAGCAGCAAACUGAGAAGAAGAGGCUCAUCUGUGCCUCAAUUUACUAACUCGCCCACUAUGAUAGUGAUGGUGGGGCUGCCAGCCAGAGGAAAAACCUACAUCUCCAAAAAACUCACACGCUACCUCAACUGGAUCGGGGUUCCAACGAAAGUAUUCAAUGUUGGGCAAUACCGCAGAGAGGCUGUCCAAGCCUACAAGAAUUUCGAGUUCUUCAGUCCAGACAAUGAAGAAGCAAUGAAGAUUCGGAAAGCGUGCGCCCUCGCUGCGCUGAAGGACGUGUCUGCCUACUUCACUCAGGAUCACGGCCAGGUGGCGGUAUUUGAUGCCACGAACACAACACGUGAACGGAGAGAGAUCAUCCUGUCCUUUGCCAAAGAGAACGGCUACAAGGUGUUUUUCGUGGAGUCCAUUUGUGAUGACCCUGAAGUCAUUGCUGAAAAUAUCAAGCAAGUGAAGCUCAGCAGCCCUGAUUAUAUUAACUGUGACAAAGAGGAGGCAGUGAAGGACUUUCUGAAGAGGAUCGAGUGCUACAAGGUCACCUAUGUUUCUCUGGAUGAUGACAGAGACAGAAAUCUGUCCUAUAUAAAGAUCUUUAAUGCAGGGAUCAGAUAUUUGGUGAAUCGUGUGCAGGAUCACAUCCAGAGCAGGAUUGUGUAUUAUCUGAUGAAUAUUCAUGUUACACCACGCACAAUCUACUUGUGUCGCCAUGGAGAGAGCGAGCUGAACCUGCUGGGCCGCAUCGGGGGGGAUUCUGGCCUGUCACCUCGGGGAAACAAGUUUGCUGCUGCGCUAGGGAAAUACAUCAGAGGCCAGUGCAUCCUUGACCUGAAGAUCUGGACCAGUCACAUGAAGAGAACCAUCCAGACUGCAGAGGCAGUGGGCGUUCCCUACGAGCAGUGGAAAGCUCUCAAUGAGAUUGAUGCUGGCGUGUGUGAGGAGAUGACGUAUGAGGAGAUUCAGGAACACCACCCGGAGGAGUUUGCACUCAGAGACCAAGAUAAAUACCGCUACCGCUAUCCAAAGGGUGAGUCCUAUGAAGACCUGGUCCAGAGGCUGGAGCCAGUCAUCAUGGAGCUGGAGAGACAGGAGAACGUCCUGGUCAUCUGUCACCAGGCUGUGAUGCGCUGCCUUCUGGCCUACUUCCUGGACAAAAGUGCAGAUGAGCUGCCGUAUCUGAAGUGUCCUCUGCACACAGUGCUUAAACUCACACCUGUUGCCUACGGCUGUAAAGUCGAAUCAGUUUUCCUGAAUAUUGAGGCGGUGAAUACACACAGAGAUAAGCCUGUGAACGUCAGCGUGGACAGAGACGCUGAAGACGCUCUCCUGACGGUUCCUGAGCACAUCUAGAGCUCUGAAAAGGCCAUGAAGAAAAGUUUCUUCCUCAUCAGCAUCACUACACUGGAACAGUGCAUUUUGAUGCAUCCUUGACCCAGUUUGGAUGUCUGUCUUAAUUGCAAUGAUUCGUGUUGUAAAAAUGUCCCAUGUUAUGGUGGUUGGUGAAGAGCCAGUCGUGGAGAAAUGUCCAUUCACCUACUUCAGAGGGGAUCAGAAGUUGGAUUACGCAGCAAGGCAAAACAAAACAAGAAACUGAGGCUAAUUAAGUCAAAAAAUUGGAUUAAACUGCUGGGAGUCUUGAUUUGGAUGAUGGCAAAGCCAAAACUUGACAUUUAAAGAUAUAGUGUGGUUAAAAAAGUCAAACUUACACUUUUCCCUUUCAGAUAUAGUCAGCUAAGACAUGUUUGGUGUCAUGGUUGGUUGCUUAUUUAGUUUUAGCACUGGAACCACGAGGCUAAUGUAGCUAUCAAGUAACAGAAGUUUAUUAGUGCUACAUUGCAUGGUAGAUCACCUCUCAUUUGCCCAAACCGUGUGGAGUUAUUCAGUAUCUCUAAUAGACUUGAUUAUGUGAUUUCUGACACUGUGUGACUCACUAAAGCUGUAAACAGAAGCUAAAGUAAAUUAUCUUAGCUAAAAACAGUAGCAGCAUCCAUCUUGAAGCCUGAUUUUUCAUUCCAAAGUUGAGGAGGAGAUUUCAGACACUAAACAUGUCUUGGCUCACUACAUCUAGAAUAAAAUUGUGUAAGUUUAUUGUUUAACUGCUCCUUUAAUGGAAGUUCCACCAAAUUCUGAAUAAUUCAGUGGUAGAGAUGUAAGAGUGGUUUGGUGUGAAAUGGUUUACAGUGGUGCUGAUAGGAACCAAGGGGCAAUAUCGACAGCACAAACUAAUCCAAUAGUUUAUUUUACCAAUUAAUUUUUAAACUAAUUUUAUUAACUAUUAAAAUGACCAGUGAGGCUGCACUUCAUAUGUAAUGUUGACGAUGGCAAAAAAUGGCAAAUCGGGGAAAAAAUGUUUUCUUGCUUUUAGGUACUCUCUGCUCCGAUAAUAAUGCAUUUUAGGCCACCUGUGUCAGAAUCCAGUCCUCGUGGGCCGAAACACUGCAGACUUCAGCACGCUGCCUCAUUAAACACGCCUGAUUCAGCUCAUCAGCUAAUUCAGAGCGUUAGAUGAGAGUAAACCUCAAUCUCUAUAGCACUUUGGUGGGGAAGGUCCCCAGUUUUACACGCCUGUUUUAGACCAAAGUUCAGAACCAUUUCAUGUACUUACUUUCUGUGAGGGAGCUUUCAGAGGUGGAUAUCUGGUUCCUUUUACCAUCAUUGUGAUUAACUGAGUUACUCUAGAACAGAGCAUUUCACACCAAACCACUCCAAAUGACUUAUUUCGAUCUUAACUGUUAAAUUAAGCAGAAAUGUAAAUUCGAAUUCCACUUCAAUCACAAGCAGUCGACUGGCACAAGCUGGUUUGUCUGAACAGUUUUGGAGUUUUGGCUCCUGGUGCAUGAGGAGAGGCCAGUACAGUAUUCUAACAGGGAAAACAUGCUGUGAAGCUGGACCUCCCCCACCUAUGGUGCUUCAUCUGUUUUGGCCACAGCACAAAUGCUCGUGCCAUUAAUUUACCUCUCGGACUGUAGCUGAUUCUACCUGGACAAAACGCUCACGUCUGGAUUAUGUUUGUCAGUGUUUGUCCAAGCCGUGUGACAUGCAGUCAAGUGCAAAUGUUUGCACACCCCGGCCAAAUUACAUGUCCUGAAGUUAGAACACGCUUAUGCAUAUUUUAAAGCACAACUUAUGUAAGGGGGGAAGAAUAAAACACAAAAUGUGGCCUGUGCGGAAAGUACUUGCACGUUAUAUUUGGUGUUUUAUGUUCUUCCAAUAAAUUAAACUCAAAAAAAUUGCAGAAAAAAUGCCACAUUUAAGUGUUUUCUCUGUAGAAGAUGAACUUUUCACUUAGACAAUGAACAAAGGAUAUUAUUAGACCAGGGGUGUCUAAACAAUUGCAUAUGACUAAAUAUCUGUGAAUAUCAGGGCCUUGUUUAGCCCCAUGGGCUACAUGAUUACUAUAUGAUGUACAUGAAUACUUGGAGUGAAUUCAAGUAGUUGAGUAAUUGCACAUUGUACACUGUAAUUGUAACUUUAAAGCAAUAGUGUUUUCCCCAAUGUUUAAAAUGUUUUUGUGUCUGAAAAGCAUUAAAUGGUCAUAAACCAACUAAAAUCAUUA